CCCAUAGCUAGGGGCAGGCUUGCUGGGCUACGACUAGCUCAUGUCACGAUGCUCUGGCGUGGUAAAGAAUCGUAGAGUCAAUCGUCGUAGUAGUUGACGGGCAGGACCGCUCGCAUCAAUUGACGCUUGCCGUCUCGAUCAUCAACCCCCCGGGGCCAUGGGGCAGCAGCAUCUCGACGACGUCUUCGCCUCCCUGCUCGCCCGGCGCGGCACGCAGGGCCGCCUGCGCCGCCUGACCCUCCCGUCGCCCGGCUCCGUCGACUUCUCCUCCAACAGCUACCUCUCGCUGUCCUCCGACGCGGCCGUGCAAGCCUCGUACCUCGAGCGCCUCGGCCGCGCGUGCCACCAGGGGCACUUCUCGCUCGGCUCCGGCGGCUCGCGGCUGCUCGACGGCAACACGCCCGUCGCCGAGGCCCUGGAGCGGGAGAUUGCGGCGUUCCACGGCGCGCCGGCCGCGCUGCUCUUCAACUCUGGCUUCGAGGCCAACACGGGGCUGUUCAGCUGCGCGCCGCAGAAGGGGGACGUGGUCUUGUUCGAUGAGCUCAUACAUGCCAGCGUGCAUGACGGGAUGAGGCUCAGCCGCGCGCGGAGGGUGCCGUUCAGGCACAACUGCGUGCGCGGCGGCGACGACGGUCGUGACGGUAGUAGUAGUACCGGGUUGAAGAGCCUGGACGACCUGUUGACGGAGCUUACGAGCGGAGAGCAAGGCAUUCAGAAUGUCAAGACUGGAAGGUCGAACGUGUUCGUUGCGGUGGAGAGCGUCUACAGCAUGGACGGGGACCUGGCACCCCUCAAAGACAUCGUCGAGUGUGUCGAGAAGAGGCUCCACCACGGGAACGGAUACAUCAUUGUCGACGAAGCGCACUCGACGGGCUGGAUCGGCGGACGGGGAAGGGGGUUGGUCUCUCACCUGGGCCUCGAGUCCCGCGUCUGGGCGCGCGUGCACACGUUUGGCAAGGCCAUGGGCUGUGCCGGUGCUGCCGUGCUGUGCUCGCCGACGACGCGGAGCUAUCUCAUCAACUACGCCCGCAGCCUCAUCUACACAACCGCCAUGGCGUAUCCCGCGCUCGCCGGGAUCCAGACCGCCUACGAAUACCUCCAGAGCGGGCAGAUCGAGCAGCGCCUCGACCACCUACGGCUGCUGAUGAGGCACACGCAUCAUGUACUCACGUCUCUCAUUUCUCGUGCGAGGCCGACACGAGACAUCCUGCACAUCAAUGAAGGACCGCCGCAAUCACCCAUCGUGCCGCUCUUCACCUCCAAGGCAAGGAGCCUCGGUCAGCACUGCCAGGAGAGGGGGUUCAUGGUGCGCCCCAUCGUGGCACCGACGGUGCCGGCAGGGACAGACCGCGUUCGCCUCUGCCUACACGCCGGAAAUACGGUAGAGGAGGUAGAGCUGUUGUGCAACGCCGUCGAGGCGUGGGUGCGACAGCAGAUGGAGACGCGGAUACCUGUCGAGACAACCUACAGACGGUCACGGCAAUCAAGUAAACUGUGAUUGAAUUCAAGCGAACUG